CGGGGCGGGUCUGGCCGCGGGGCGACCGAGAUGGCGGCCUCCGGGGGCCUAGAGGGACCCUGGGCGUGCACUCGCCCUUCCGGCUCGGACAUUAGUUAGUGACCAGCUCCUCGGUGUUCCGCAGAGCGUGGGUUUCAGCGAGUUCUACGUGCCAGGUCCGCCCGGUGCCGGCUUCCUCGCUGCCCCUGGCGGCUCGUCAGCCCCCACUUUCCCUGAACUUGGUCCCAAUGGCGGCCCGCCCCUCCUUCACCCGGACCGUGGGCAUCUGGGCCUCGCCGAAGCCGCCAAGGUGGUUGCUCGGGCUUCUAGAGCCUGAGUCCAGCCCUUUGCCACCGAGGCCUGAUCCUCUUUUCUGCCCUAAAGAACUUGCCCUGACAGCCUCUCGCUCCCGAUCCUGAGGAUCUUGCUUGUCCAAAGCCAGAAGACAGUGCAUGAAGCCAGGGGACAUCCGCCAUGCUCCAAACAACUUGGCCUCAGGUCCCUCCCACAACACGUGGGAAUUCAAGAUGAGAUUUGGGUGGGGACACAGCCAAACCAUAUCACAGGAUGUUUUGGGGAUUCUAGUAGCCCUUGGGUUUGAUGACUUCAGAGGAGAGUUUCGCAAUCACCAGCCUCCAGAAGUACUGGUAGCAUUUCCAUUCCCCAAACCUGCUCUGAUCUACCACCUGGAGAGAGGGGAAGCACCAUGGGGCCCAGAUCCCUGGGACACUGAGAUUCCGAGAGGCAUCAGUCAAGGUGGUGAGUCCUGGAUCAAAAAUGAAGGGCCAGUUAUAAAGCAGGAAGCCUCUGAAGAAAUGGAGUUGCACAGAAUGCCAGUAGGAGGACUUCUCAGGAAUGUUUCUCAGCACUUUGAUUUUAAAAGAAAGGCACUGAAGCAGACUUUCAAUCUAAAUCCAAAUCUGAUACUUCGAGGUGGAAUGAAGUUCUAUGAAUGUAAAGAAUGUGGGAAAAUCUUCCGAUAUAACUCAAAGCUUAUUCGGCAUCAGAUGAGUCAUACUGGGGAAAAGCCCUUUAAGUGUAAGGAGUGUGGCAAAGCUUUCAAGUCCAGCUAUGACUGUAUUGUACAUGAGAAAAACCACAUUGGAGAAGGGCCCUAUGAAUGUAAGGAGUGUGGCAAAGGUUUGAGUUCCAACACAGCCUUGACUCAACAUCAGAGGAUCCACACUGGAGAGAAACCCUAUGAAUGUAAAGAGUGUGGAAAGGCUUUCCGUAGGAGUGCAGCAUACCUGCAGCAUCAGAGAUUACACACAGGAGAGAAACUCUAUAAAUGUGAGGAAUGUUGGAAAGCUUUCGGUUGUAGGUCACUUUUUAUUGUCCAUCAGAGAAUUCAUACUGGGGAGAAACCUUACCAAUGUAAGGAGUGUGGCAAAGCCUUCACCCAGAAAAUAGCCUCCAUUCAGCAUCAGAGAGUUCACACUGGGGAGAAGCCUUAUGAAUGUAAGGUGUGUGGGAAAGCCUUCAAAUGGUAUGGAAGUUUUGUUCAGCAUCAGAAAUUGCACCCUGUGGAGAAGAAGUCAGUCAAGGUCCUUGGGCCAUCCCUGGUCAGUCCCCAGUGCCCCUCUCCAGCCUUACCUCCUGUUCUUCUCCAGGGAUCUUGUUCUGCUCCAGCCGUGGCUGUGCCUUCACUGACCGUUCCACAUGCUGUGCUCGUUCCUACCUCUGGGAAUUUGUUCAUGCUGCUGCCUACAUCUGGAAUACCUUCUUCAUCUGCCCAAAUAGUGCGUGUCUUCCAGAGUCUUACUCCCACUGUGAAACCUUCCCCAGUUAUUCUCACCCCUUCUUCUCACUCCUCAUGAGCUUUAUCUUGUCAGUCUUAUGGCUCUUAUGCCUGGCAAAUCUCCACCCUAAUUUUAUAUAUUUUUUUGAGACAGGGUCUUGCUCUGUCACCCAGGCUGGAGUGCGGUGGUGUGAUCUUGGCUGACUGCAACCUCCCCCUCUUGGGUUCAAGCGAUUCUCCUCCUUCAGACUCUCGAAUAGCUGGGAUUACAGGCACGCCUCACCACGCCCAGCUAAUUUUUGUAUUUUUAGAAGAGAUGGGGUUUUGCCAUGUUGGCCAGGCUGGUCUCAAACACCUGACCUCAAGUGAUCCACCUGCCUUGGCCCCCCAAAGUGCUGGGAUUACAGGAGUGAGCCACUGUGCCCAGCCUCCAACCUAAUUUGAGUUUCAUUUGUAUUUUUUUCCUCACCUUACAUGUGUUACAGCUGUUUCAACAUAAACUCCAUUAUAAUCUAUAUACAUUUAAAGACCAUGUUUACAUAAUCUCUUCUGUAGAAAAUGGAAAUACUUAACCUUUGCAUUGGUCCCUUUCAGGCUUGAACAACAGUGGCUAUAUCUGCAUCGUGGGGUUGCUGGUGGUAGAACACGUUGGUGUUAGGAAACUUUGGAAAAGAGGAUAUCCCUGUAUUAGGCCAUUAUGAUUAGAGAUAAGCAGCCUGGGAGAAACAUAAAAGACCUGUGGCUACUGGUAGAGAAUUGGAAUAAGCUUCCAACAAUGGACUGUAGAGAUUAAGGGAGAUUGUUUAGUGGGCCCAUGGCUAGGUGGGGUAUCAAUACAGUUGAAGUUAUGUUGCCCUUGGCACAGAUCUUUGAGAAUCUCAUGCAGCUAUGCAAAAGAUAAUGUGAAAUAAACAGUAAAAAAAAAAAAAAA